GCCUCCACUACAGUGCAUAUUCUGCAAUUCUUCUAUUUCAUUUUCUGCAGGGUCCAUUUCAUCCAUGAUCAGACUCACAUGAGUUCCUCAAACUCAUGUUGAUCAACGCCUAUGCCUAUAAAAACCCCAUUUUCUCGUCCUUCAAGAUUUUGUCCUACCUCGAUUGUGUUUGUUUUGUCGAUCAAGUUACAAAUGGCUCAGCAGUGUCCUUUGACGUUUGUAAUGAGCUUGGCUAUGCUUCUUAAUGUAGCCUUUUGUGCCAAUUUUAGUGAUUUUUUUCAACCUCUUUGGGCUCCUGAUCACAUUGCCACUGAAGGAGAUCACAUUAACUUAUCCUUAGACACUGUUUCUGGUUGUGGGUUUGAAUCUAGAAGCAAGUACUUGUUUGGGAAAGCAAGUAUGCAGAUCAAACUAGUUGAAGGUGAUUCUGCAGGAACUGUCACAGCCUUCUAUAUGUCAUCGGAAGGGCCAAAUCACGACGAGCUAGACUUUGAGUUUCUAGGUAAUGUUUCCGGGGAACCAUAUCUAGUUCAAACAAAUGUGUACGUGAAUGGAAGUGGAAACAGAGAACAAAGACAUUCACUUUGGUUUGAUCCUACACUGGAUUUUCAUACAUACUCCUUGUUCUGGAACCGCCGCUACAAAGUGUUUCUGGUAGAUGGGAUUCCAAUGAGAGUAUUUGCAAACAAGGAAGAAAACGGUGUGGUUUACCCAAAGAGUCAAGCCAUGUCAAUCCGUGGGUCAGUGUGGAAUGCUGAUGACUGGGCUACACAGGGAGGGAGAGUCAGGACAAACUGGAGCCACUCCCCAUUUGUUUCAACCUUUAGAUCGUUUGAAAUAGAUGCCUGCGAGUUGUCGCCGGAAACCGAUGACGUGGAAGCCAAAUGUGGUGUAUCACGGCAGUUCUGGUGGGAUAAGCCAUCUGUGAGAGAGCUGAAUAAGCACCAGAGUCACCAACUCAAGUGGGUUCGCAGAAAGCAUAUGGUUUAUGAUUAUUGUAAGGAUGUAGCUCGGUUCACUGAGCUGCCAAGGGAGUGUAUCAAUUAGCCUAUAUUUAUUGCAAUGCGAUUACAAUGAGUUAGAAGAUAAAUAAUUGCAGAGUCUCAUCCAUGAAUUAACCAACCUAAUAUGAAGAAAGAAAGAAUUUGGUCAUGAUCGAUGAUAAAGCUUCCGUGAGGACUAUUUAUCAACCAGUUGUAAAUCUAACUCUCAAUUUUGUAUGAGUCACUUGUUUCCUGGUAGAUCAAAAGGGGG